AUGACUCCUGACACAAAUGGCAGUAACAUGCAAGUGGAGAACACGAAUGUGACAUUGGUCGAGUUUCUGGAGGAACAUCUGGGACCCCGUCGCUCACCCAUGUUGCUUCCUAUCUUCAUCAAUUACCUGAUCAUAUUUUUGGUCGGCGUGUUUGGCAAUGUGCUGACUUGCACAGUCAUUGCACGCAACAAAGUCAUGUGGACGCCAACCAACUAUUACUUGUUCAGCCUGGCCGUGUCGGACUUGUUGGUGCUACUGCUGGGCAUGCCGCUGGAGCUGUACGACCUGUGGCAGAACUACCCUUUUCUGUUUGGGAAGGGAGGCUGCUACUUUAAAAUCUUCCUGUUCGAGACCGUCUGCUUGGCAUCCAUUCUCAAUGUGACGGCGCUGAGCGUGGAACGCUACAUUGCCGUGGUGCACCCACUACGUGCAAAAUAUGUCGUGACGCGCACCCAUGCCAGGCGGGUCAUCCUUACGGUGUGGGGUGUGUCCGUGGUCUGUGCUCUUCCCAACACAAGUUUGCACGGGAUUUCCUACCUGACCAGUAACUCAACCAGCUCCGACGGGCGACGCAAUGUGGAGAUCCCUGACUCGGCCAUGUGUACGCUAGUGAAGCCUCAGUGGAUCUAUAAACUUAUCAUCCAAGUCACCACCUUGCUAUUUUUCUUCCUGCCCAUGCUCACCAUUAGUGUUUUAUACACACUUAUCGGGCUGCAGCUCAAACAGGAGAGGAUACACCAAGUGAUCGAAGCAAAAUCAGGUGCCGGUCAGGAAAGCUUAUGUAGCGUCCGCACUCAACAACAAAAGGCCAGACGACGGCAGGUCACCAAAAUGCUGUUUGUUUUAGUGGUGGUUUUCGGGAUCUGCUGGGCCCCAUUCCACACUGAUCGCCUCGUAUGGAGUUUCAUCACCGAGUGGACCGACAGCCGCAUGCAAGCCUUCGAAUAUGUGCACAUCCUCUCUGGAGUGUUCUUCUACCUCAGCUCGGCAGUCAACCCAAUCCUCUACAACCUAAUGUCCACACGUUUCCGAGAAAUGUUCAAGGAAGUCAUGUGCCAUGGGGCGCACAACUCCAUUCCCAGAAAUUAUUCUUUAAGUGUCACUCGGGUGACACUCCGCAGUACCCUGAAUGAAGCCCCACUUAGCAGUGGAGCUAACAUUGGGGAAGUGGAGGUGGAGGAUGGAGAGCAGGCGGUGAAAGAAGAGAUAAAUUACACAUGUAAAGGUUUGUGA